CAGAAGGCUACACUCGGCCGAAUGUGGCGGUUGCUAAGGACCGGAGUAGUCCUCGGUUUCUGCGGCCAUGUCGUCGGGCGGUGAGGGGCAUCUUCUCUCGGUGGAUUACGAGGUAUUCGGGAAGGUGCAGGGAGUCUUCUUCCGAAAGCAUACGCAGAAAGAAGCGAAACGGCUGGGCCUGGUGGGCUGGGUGCAGAACACCGAGAGGGGAACAGUUCAGGGGCAGCUGCAGGGUGCCGAGGAGCCGGUGCGGGCCAUGCAGGCCUGGCUCAGCAAGACGGGCAGCCCCAGGUCCCGCAUCGACAAGGCCGAGUUCACCAACCAGAAGCGGACCCAGCGGCGGGACUACUCGGACUUCCAGAUCAUCAGAUGAGCAGCGCGGCGAUUCCAAGUCAAACUGGUUCCUCCUCCGCAGGGUCAUCGCUCGAAGGAGGUUGCUAUCACUGCCGCUGAAUCUGUUCCCACUCUGGUUAUCCCGGGCUUGUUGGAUCCGCUUUGGAAACGGAUCCACCUCGCCGCCCUGAUCCGAUGAUAACUGUGCAUUCACGAAGUUGCUGUCGAUCUUAAUGUUCGAGUAUUCCCAGAAUUGCCAGAUGGUGUUCAGGUCACCUGGCCACGUUCGGUCAGGCUCCUAUUUGGUUUAAAUGUCCUUGUUUGGCUGUUCUGGGUUGUGUUUUGGGGAUUAGUGGGGGUCAUCUCCAGGACAAGUUCAAAAGCCUUCAUCGUGACUUCCCUUCGAACAAACGUUUAGAAGUAUCCUACGUUGAAAGCAAUAGUGGGUGCUUUCCAAACGCAUUUGAGUUAGCAAUCUCGACUUCCCGGCUCGGUACAAGGUUUGAAUAGUUACAUUGUAUUGUUGGAUUAUUAAGUAAUUAAAAAUAAAUAAAAAGGCUUGUAUAUUAAAUCCUAAAUGCUGCACAAUUAGAUUGCUGUCCCCGAGAUGAAAUGUUAAAUGGCAACUCUGUUUCCCAGAUUGUGUACUUCAGGUGAAUAUAGAAACAUCUUGUACUGAAGAAGGGUUUCCAAGUGUCAGGGGCCAAAACCAAUAUUCCUCCUCCAUUAAUUCAAUUUUGUUUGUGACAUGAUGCUGUGUAAAGAAUUAAUCACUAUUUUGCCCAUUAGAACAAUCACACUACUGCAUAAAUUGAGUGUGAAGUGACUCGUAUUUUAUCUGAAUAUUUGAUCUGGAGCAAUGUUUACUUGCGUUAUGGCGAUUAGAAUAUCACUGUUUUGUAAGGUUUUAAGUGAAGUUUAUGGAGAAUUGGCUUGGCAAA